UUCCUAUUCUUUUUAUUUACUUUCAGCAAGCGAGUCGGCUAGACCUAAACACAGUUCGGCCCGGUUUGAAUUGUUAAUGCGCUCGUUUUUUCGGCGUUGCACAUUAUUUUUUACUAAUAAUACUGUACACGUUUAUCCUCACAUUAACAAAAUGUCUCUAGACAUCGCAGCAAUCGGUGCUCAGAAAGUUAAAGGAAUUCCAAGCGGGGAAUCGGUGGAGUUGAAGACUUUCUGGCAGGACCAGAACACGGUGAUCAUCUUCUUCAGACGCUGGGGCUGCGUGUUCUGCCGGCUCUGGGCUAAAGAACUGGCUCCAAUAGUCCCAGUUCUGAAGAAGCAUGACAUCAAGCUGGUUGGAGUGGGGGUGGAGGAGGUGGGAUCCAAGGAGUUCGUUGAUGGAAACUUCUUUGAUGGAGACCUGUACUACGUGGAAGAUCUUUCGACCUAUCGUAACCUGGGCUUCAAGCGUUUCAACACCGUCAGCAUUUUAACCUCGCUGUUAUGGAAGCAGUCGAGAGAUGCCAUCUCUAAGGGGAAGAGCAUGGAUCUUGGCGGGGAUCUGAAGGGGGAUUGGGUGCAAACUGGAGGGGCACUGUUAGUCAAAAAGGGGGGAGAGGUGGUGAAGCAUUUCGUGCAGACGGGGCCGGCGGAGCAUUAUCCUAAUAAGGAUAUUUUGCAGGCGUUUGGUUUGGAGCAUGAGUACAAUCCAGAGACCAUGGCGAACAAGAAACCAGAUGAGAAUGCUUGCCCGACAGAGGCGAAAUCCUAACUUCUGGCAGAAGCUACACUCCAUAUGGGCGGAGCGCCGUUGUAAGAAAAGGAAUAUAACACUAUAGUUACACAUAUUGGUUAGUACUAAAAAUAUGCAAUCUAUCACAUAGUUCUGAACUUUCACCUAACACAUUCUAUUAAAAAACAUAACACUCAAAUUAGUAGUCGAUUACGCUUAAAGUUAUGCAUUCGCAGUAGUUUUAUUUUUUGACAAACAGAAUAAAUAUUUUUGAUGGUAAAUAAAUGAGACAGAAUUGCCAAAGAAUGAAAUUUUAAUUGCAAUGUCGUAUAGCGAUACAUAGAAAUGUUGAAACAGUACUUAGGCUACGACAUAUAUAGGUAUUAACAAAGUUUUGAAUUAUUAUAUUUUUAUAUUUCGUAGGCUGGAAUAAAAAUGUAUAAUUAAAGAA